AUCAGCGAUAGUGUCCGUUCGGAUUGUCUCAGUUGCCAUGUAAAGAAAUACGUGGAUUAGUGUGUGAUUUAAAGGAAUAUGUGGAUUAGUGUGUGAUUUAUAGAUUUAUUAAUUAGUGCAAACACUGGCUGAGGUCGCUGUUGAACUGAGGGCCUAUCUAGUCUGCUCAUAUUUAUAUUCUGAAGUGUCUCUGACCAUGAAAGGACACACGUUACUCACAGCGAUGUUCAUCUUUGCCAUCGUAAACAUAUUAACCGUGGGACACAGAUUCAUCCUUUUCCGGAUACGAGAGACGGUCAUCAGGCAACCCGAGUCCUUCGUUAACCGGUACGAAGAAGUCCCGCACAGCAUAGGACUCGCCGCGAUGGACUUGGAGCCGGAAAGUGACCCGCAGCUGACCUCUUACGUCCGUCACGCGUUGAUGAGGCGUCCUUCGAGGGGUCCUUACGUCCUUGGGCAUCAGGGCAGCCGUACUUUCCCCUUCCAAGAGAACAAAAAGCUGCAGGAAUAUUUGAAGAAGAUGGCCGGCGGCGUGUUCGUGGAGGCGUUCGCAGGGGACGGAGAGAAGAAGACCUCCACCUUGUACCUCGAACAGAACGAGGGCUGGAGCGGCCUGUUGGUGGAGCCGGACCCCGCCCUCUACGCUGCCUUGCUGGGGAAAGGGCGAAAAUCCUUCAGCGUCAAUUCCAACUUGUCUCUCUCCUUAACGAAUUUUACUUCACGGAGCAUCGACGCAGUGAAAGAGGGAAAUGCUACUUUGCCACUUAUCACUCUUGUAAGAGCGAUGGGUAUGCCUGAAAUCGACUUCCUGUGUCUUCACACUGGCGGUACAGAACUUCAGGUAACGUUUUCGGCCGUGAAUACCUUCCUCAAGGACAGGGGCUUCAACCUCACCACCGUAUACAGGGAGAACAGCUCGCUACCUACCUUCGUCAGGGGAGACCUCAUGGAAGUCCCGGUGACAUGGGUCACGACGAAGCGCACCCCGGAGCAUGCCGCGCAUUUUGGGCCUCAAAGGAUUAAAAGAGAAGAGGGUCGUUUCCUUCGAAAUCAAGCAUGA